CCUCGAAAUGGCUUCGCUACACAUCUGUGAAGCCUCAGCGGCGUGGGAGAUCCCGGGGUUCUCUGCACAAUGCAAGGAUAGGGGAGUGGGAUGCAGGCUUUCCGGGCAUCGCGACAAACGUCAAACUCGGGUUUCGUGUCACCAAGGGGCGAGGUGCCAGUCACUCUGCGCCACAGACAAGCCACAUGUGGCUGCACGGUCACGUGCCAUUUGCUUACGGUCAACCACAUGUUCGUUCAACGACCAACUUCAUAAACGCCGACCACCUCUUAAUCCUUCGAACAUCACAAGACCUCAUGCAAUGUUAUUCUGCCUGGGACUUAACCCUACAUAAUCGACGAUGGAGUGGUGAACUUCAUCAACGAGAAUACUGAUUAUGGAUGAAUACACAGCCGAAGCCUUCGCCAACCGCGACGAGCCUACUCCGCUCAUUGCCGUCCCCUCCAGCGACGUGGAUGGUUCGUCUUCCGAGGCAGAGACCGCAAGUCACAAGCAUAAGUCCAAGAGGGCACGCCCGCCAUCGCGUCUAAAUACACAGCUUCAAGACAGUUCUGCCUCUCAGCCGGGGAGAAAUGAAGCCACGCCCUCUUCAGCGGGAAGAAUGUCUCUGCAAGAUCGCUUGUUUGCAAAAGUCCUUCAGCAAGUGGUCCCCACCGACGAUGGUCAUGAUGAACCGGCCAGCACUCCAACCAACCUUCCUUCGAGUGCAUAUAUCUCUCGCCCUGCAUUUAGCCUGCCAUUGAUGACAUACAACUUCCGUCGGUUCAACGCCAGAAUCGGCAUCGUGUUCGUCUUCCAAAAUCGCCUCAUCCGCCUCUUCACCUGGCGGACACCGACACACACUUUGUCCUUCCUGGCGACGUACUCAUUCGUCUGCCUCGACCCAUAUCUACUUGUUGUGGUGCCCCUGGCUAUUUCUCUAUUCUACAUCAUGAUCCCAGCGUUCACUUCUCGCCAUCCGCCGCCCCCAACGUCAGCAAUCGCCCACACCAGUAGCACCAACAUGACUACAGAAUAUCAUCAAGCAUAUACAGGCCCGGCCCUUGCCCCGGCCGCUGUCAUAAAGCCCGCCCCAGAAACGUCAAAAGAUUUUUUCCGCAACAUGCGUGACCUGCAGAACUGCAUGGCUGACUUUAGUAAUGUGCACGACUGGCUGGUAGCCAACGUCGCGCCAGCGACGAAUUUCUCAGACGAGCAGUUUUCCUCUCAACUGUUUCUGUAUCUGAUUAUCCUAACCACGCUCUCCUUUAUCACCUCGCAUCUGCUUCCUUGGAGACUGAUAUUCCUUGGCUUGGGAUGGGCCGUCAUCGUCUCCUCCCACCCCAGAGCACAAGCAUGGUUGUUAAAGAUGCAAAAACAAGCUGAAAUUGAAACAUCCCUCGCCCUGAACGACCCUAACCUUAAACACCAGAGGUACAUCCAUGGCAUCCCCCUUCCUGCCACACCACACGCGAUUCAGUCUGCAUUCACUGCCUUUUCCGAGAUCACCCUAUCAACGACUCCAGAGACAAGGGAAGUCGAAAUCUUCGAACUGCAACAUCGUCCUCUGGCCAGUACUGCGUCCAGUGGAAUAGCAGCCGAGUGGCAGCCCCAUCUUUUCACACCUUUUCCCUACGACCCUCUCUCUCCAGCACGAAUCGCAGGCGACAGGCCAAGGGGCACUCGUUUCUUCGAAGAUGUCGAACCACCAGAGGGGUGGGAGUGGGCAUCCAAAAAGUGGGAGUUAGACCUCGAAGCUGGGGAGUGGAUCAACGAGAGACUCGUCGUGGGCGUCGAGUACGAUGUUCUCAACCGCGAGCCUCAAAAUAUCGAUGGGCCUUUAUCGGCUCCAGCCGCUUCCGGGCCAGGAGACUACGACAACGAUGAUGCCGGAAACGACAACGAUACGAGAUUAAGAAGAAUCUCCACGAACCGAAGAGAAAGCAUCAAUCUCGACUUUGGGGGAUGGGUGUGGGAUCUUCCCCCGCCGCCCGGCUCCGGAGUCAACAGAGACGAUGAUCUAUGGCUUGCGUAUGGGGAUUACGACGUUCCUAAAGUGGGUGUACGAAACAACUCCAAGGAGGAAGAAAAGGCCAGGAAGAAGAGGGAGAAGGAACGGGAAAGGAGGGACAAGAAAGAGAAAAGCGGCGCAGUAAGGGACUGGGAGGAAGCAACAAGGGUGGAUAACCGCGGGAGAACUGGAGAGUGGAGAAGACGACGCUGGGUAAGGUUGGUGAAGAGGAAAGUGACAGUAUGAUCUAGUCGGUACGAGCAAUAAUGACCGACAAGAGGACACGAAUGAUACGAGCGAGACCAUGCCUACAACCUGCCCACUCUCUCUUCCCCCGACCCUUCCUCUCAGCCAAUGGAGGGACUUGAGAUGACCAUUAAAGUCCAAACUACGGGGAGGAAACAAACGACGAGGGCUGUGUUCAGGGAAAUUCUCUUCUGGAUUCCUGCCGUUCACAGUUCAUGUGGAUGUUGACAAGCUCAGAGCCCCUUCUGCGGCUCGCCUAGCUAGGGAUGUGAUCCCGAAGACUGCCAUUCCGUCCUCCACCGUUCCAUCCAGCUAAGCACAGCUCACGUAGUUGCA